AGAAAAAAGAAGCCCUUGAUGGUGCUCUACUUUUAUGUUACAGAGAAAAUGAAAAGAAAAAGUGGUUGGCAGUUGAUUGCAAUGCAAUCCAAGAAAAGCAAAAACCAACUGCUUAAUGGUGAGGAUGAAAGUAGGCCAGUGUUAGGUUCGCCAACGGAUCAAGGUAUAGUUUUAAUGCAACGAUCGGGAAACAAGAACAUGAAGAAGCUGCAUUUGAGCAGCGUGUUCCUGAUUUCGAUUUUGCUCCAAGCAAAGUUGAUUCUUUCGAAUGGAGAUAUGUUCAUCAGGAGUCAAGGAAUCCAUUUCAUGCUCAAUGGCAACCCUUUCUACGCCAACGGCUUCAAUGCCUACUGGCUCAUGUAUGUGGCCUCCGACCCUUCGCAGAGGGCCAAAGUCUCGGCUGCAUUUCGCCAAGCUGCAAGCCAUGGACUCACUGUUGCAAGAACUUGGGCGUUCAGCGAUGGCGGGUACCGCCCGUUGCAGCGCUACCCUGGUUCUUAUAACGAACAAGUUUUUAAGGGACUGGAUUUUGUGAUCGCUGAAGCAAGAAAACAUGGGAUCAGGCUGAUAUUAAGCUUGGCCAAUAACUACGAAAGCUUCGGGGGAAAGAAGCAAUAUGUGAACUGGGCUAGAAAUCAAGGGCAGCGCCUUACCUCCAAUGACGAUUUCUUUCGAAACGCAGUUGUCAAAGGCUUUUACAGGAACCACAUAAGGACAGUUCUUAAUCGAUACAAUACCUUUACGAGACUUGUGUACAAGAACGAUCCGACAAUCAUGGCGUGGGAGCUCAUGAACGAGCCCAGAUGCCCGUCCGAUCCGUCUGGCCGGACCAUUCAGGUAUGGAUAGCGGAGAUGGCUGCUUACGUGAAGUCCAUAGACCGAAACCAUUUGCUCGAAGCCGGGUUGGAAGGAUUCUACGGCGUGUCAUCUAGUUGGAGGACUCAUCUUAAUCCAGCUGGCUUCGACAUCGGAACUGAUUUCAUCGCAAACAACAGGAUCCCCGGUAUCGAUUUUGCGACCGUACACUCAUACCCCGAUCAAUGGAUAUCGGGAUCGAGCGAGCGCGACCAGCUUGCCUUCCUCGGAAAAUGGCUCGGCGCACACAUCCAAGACGCGCAAAACAUACUCCGCAAGCCCUUGCUGAUCACAGAAUUCGGAAAAUCUUGGAAAGUUCCCGGUUUUAGCCCGUACCAAAGAGACACGCUCUUCAAUGUUGUCUACUUGAAUAUCUAUAGCUCGGCCAGGCGGGGCGGGCCGGCUGCCGGAGGGCUGUUCUGGCAGCUGCUGGCCCCGGGAAUGGAUUCGUUCAGAGACGGGUAUGAGAUAGUGUUGGAUGAGAAUUCCUCGACGGCGAACCUUAUAGCUCAGCAUGCGCAUAAGCUGGAACAGAUUCGUCGGAUAUUUGUCCGGAUGAGGAACUUGGAACGGUGGAGGAGGGCUCAUGCGCGACCGGCCGGAAGAAACCGGGGCCGGCGCAUCGGAAAUUGACAGUGAGAAAGGUAAGGUUGUUUUAGAAGACAUACAGAGUGUCUAUUAACAUGAAAAGAAACUGCAUUUUUAGGGGAAGGAAGGAAUGAGCUUGCUGAAGAUGUUAAUCUUGAAGCUAUACUGUGACUAUAGAUAUAGAUAUAUAUAUAUAUAUGAUAUAUACAGAGUGGAUGGUAAUCUUGAAGCUAUACUGUGACUAUAGAUAUAGAUAUAUAUAUAUAUAUAUAUAUAUGAUAUAUACAGAGUGGAUGGAUGAUGAUCCAUUUUAUUGUUGUGUGUGGUUGGGAGUUUGAUGAGUUUUGUCUGUUUUCUUGGCGUUGUAACGAUCAUUACAUACAUAUAUAUACAUCUGCAGUUUCCAAACCACAA